GAAAGGUGCCUUCCCUACCCGCCUGUUGCACCGAAGGAGCCCCGAGACUUUCCGCUCAGCGGGAAUCCUCAGAGCAGCCGUCAGAAGAGGAGCACCAAACUUUGCAAACAUUUUGUGCUGCAAGGAAACUAGAGUGAUGUCAGCAGAGGGACCUCAAUAUGGCACUCUGGAAAAAGCCUGGCAUGCAUUUCUGACUGCUGCAGACAAACUUAGCGAGAUCCAUCUAGAAGUACGGAAUCGUCUAGCUGGUGAAGACUCAGAGAAGAUCAAGGCUUGGCAGAAGGAAGUCUAUCACAAGCAGUUGAUUGGUGGCUUUAGAGAGACAAAGGAAGUUGAGGAUGGAUUUCGCAAAGCCCAGAAGCCCUGGGUGAAAAAGUUGAAAGAGGUGGAAACUUCAAAAAAGAAUUACCACGUUGCUCGAAAAGAAGAGAAAACUGCGCAGACACGAGAGAAUCAUGCCAAAGCAGAUGCUUCCACAUCCCAAGAGCAGCUGCGUAAACUCCAAGACCGAGUGGAGAAAUGUUCACAAGAAGUAGAGAAGGAAUGGUCUCUGGAAGCACAGCAGGCAAUUGUCAAGAAGGAGAAAAGUAGCAAAAGUGGUGAAGAUGUCACUCUGACCAGCAUUGUGCCUGCAGGAGAUGGUAUGAAAGAGACCCCUCCAACAACCAAACAGAGGUUUUCACAUCGAGAGGAUCAAAACAGCCACUUCUAUGACAACCUGAGAGCUUCAGCCUGUAUGAAUGGAGGGAAAGAAGAAAUCUCAGAGUGGUCAGAUGAGGAUACUCCCAAGAAGUGCCUGGAAGUCAAUGGGCAUGAGGAAGAUAUAAAGGUACCAGGUGUGCGAGUGCGAGCACUGUAUGAUUACGCAGGACAAGAGGCUGAUGAACUGAGCUUUAAAGCAGGAGAAGAGCUUAUGAAAAUCAGUGAAGAGGAUGAACAGGGAUGGUGCAAAGGCCGGCUUCAGACUGGUCAGGUUGGACUGUAUCCUGCUAACUAUGUAGAAAAGGUCAUUUUGUGAUUGCUUCUCCCUUCCCAUCACUGCAACCACCCUACAAAAAGUGUAUUGUGUGAUGAGUUUUUGCUGAGGUCCCAAAUCAUGGGCUUCCAACUUGCAUACAAAAGAAACAAAUGAAAUUAUCUGGACCUUUCCGGGGAUAUUCUUUUCUUGUAACCAGUGCUUCAUUUUAAAACAUCUAGAAAUAUGCUGUUUUUUUUCUAAUAAAGAAAUGUAACAUUU